CAAGACAAGAUAACAUAACUAUCAUGGCGGAGUAAUCAGCUGUUAAUUGCAAUGCCAACGAAUAAUUCCAAAUUAUGUAUAAUAACACAAUUUCUUUCAUAUCUUAUUAUAGUUUUUGUUAAUUUAGAGUCGAAUGUUUUAUAAAUAGUUAAAAGUAUUGUUUAUUUCAAUGUUUACUGGAAAAAAGAAGAGGAAUGGCGCGAUGUCCCUUGUCAACUGUCAGCUUUUCAUCCAUUGUGUAGAAAAAAUGUGACUUGUUCGCUUUGUAAUUCUGUUUUUAUAUAAUAAGUGCUAGAUGAACAUUAAGUACAAUCAUUAUUUUAUUUGGGAACACUCAAAGAACUUCUCUUUUAUCGGAUUGCGUAAUAAGAAUUUGUAUUUACUUUUUCAAGCUUUGUUUAUCGGGCCUCCAAUAAGAAUUUUUCUACAUAGAAUCAUUGCGGCGUCGGUAUUCAAUAUUGGUUACGUGCUCGUACAGGUGUGGUUUGUUUGAGUUUUAAGGAGUUUUAAAAUAAAAUAGUGUUGAAUCGGCGAAAAUGUCAGGACGCGUAAGAAAACAGUCUGAUUGCCCGGUCGGCAAAGGGCCGAUGAGGGCGACAUUACCAGUGUCUUCUGUGAUGAAACAAAGUGGUGGGCUGAAGAAAAGUACAGGCAACAGUCCCACACUGUCUCCUACCAACUUGUGGCGGCGGAUAUCUCCAGAUCACGCGCUGUCGGGACAGAGAAGCCCUGGGGCUGUAAACUAUAAAGGCAAAGGACGUUUUGGUUCAAAUGUGAUUCGGCGAACAGCAUCUUUGGACACAUUGUAUCAGAAGGGGCAGUGGUCAAGGGACUAUUACCUACAUGCAGGCCAGCUACAAGUUGAUAAAUCCACUCAAACUGACGACGGUGGCGGAGCGUCAGGUCGGUCCUCCAGGAGCUCCGAUGACGACAAGCUAGAUCGCUUCCGCCGGAGUCGCCUGCAGCGGCCUCACAAACCAUCCGCGUCUGGAGACUCAGCCCAAUCAAUGAGCCCUGGUUACUGGUCACGAUUCAGCACGGGAAGCGUGCCCCUGCGAGCGGCGCGGUCUUCAGUGGAGGGCCUCAAUCAGGAGAUUGAGAAGCUUGUGCUCUACCCAGCCAGUGGAACACAAACUCCACAUCUUGACCGAUUACGAGAUAAGGUGACGCCGGAAGGUCACAGAGCGCCCCUAGCGGAGCUGCUGAGACGCUCGGUCAACACGCAGACGCCGCACGACCUCUGUCAUACCACACAUUCAUCAGGUGGUAGUGUUUGUUCGUCUCCGGACUUGGACGGCUCCAAGUUGGGCACUUCGCCACAAAUCAAUCGUUUCCUCGCACGCGAACCUCCCGAUGGUUGUGAAAAGGUGAACCUGCGCGCGGGCGAGGGCUCGUACUCGCUGGCGCUGUCGCUGAAGCCGGCGGCGGGCGGCUUCACGCUGCGGCCCUCGCAGGGCUCCGCCUUCCAGCCGCUGCAGCCGCACGACCCCCGCCACUGACCCCACCAUCCACACUGACGAGGCCCGACGACCUUGUAACUAUUUUUUUUUUUUCGAGAAACAAUUCACAUGCAAUUUUUUUUAAUGAAAAUUUUUGCUAUCUCACUAUUCUUUGUCAAAUGAAAAAAAAAACAAAAAAUUUUCCCGACCCGUACGUGUAAUUAUUAUUAUUUUUCUUGUUUUUUUUUACUGAGAUAUGUUUAGUCGCUAUCCCACUUUUCUUUGUCAGAUAAAAUCAUCUGUCAACAUGCAACAUUGAAUAUAGUUAUUGAAUAUAGUAUAAUAGUUUGCAUUUUGUUAAGUAUAGGUGUUAAAUACGCAAUCUGGACAGGCAUUAAUUAAUGCGAGUCCAAUCAUUUCCACUUAACACCUACACGUAACACUCACACAUACACAAUCAAAACGGAAAUGAUUGCUUUCAACAUCAGCAAGAUAGAAAUGUAAAACGUCUUAUUUUAGUCAUCGUUAAUGUGAUUGUGUAACAUGGCAGGAUAGAGAUAUUAAAUUUCAUCAAACACCUUGGAGGCCCGGAUAGAGAUAUUAAAUUUCAUCAAACACCUACCUUGUCACGAAUCUAUAUACAAAUUGAUCGUAUCUGUCAUGCUAAACGUGGCUUGGUGCCAAUCAUUUCAUUAAAAAGGUAAAUGUGACCGUUGUUUUCCUCACUUGCCAACACACACAUGCACACACAAAUCAUUGGCUCAAAUGUACCUAAAAACCCGGGUUGGCUAAUUAAAAUGUUAAUAAGUUGCAAUUUUAACUGUUUUUGUUGUGCAAAAGAAUAUUCGAUCUUGCCAUUCAUUAAAAUAAACAACCGUAUGUAUAUGCUCUGAGCACAUAGCUCGGCUAAAAAAAACAGCUAUAUAAAAAUGUAUGUUGAUAUGACACAUAUCUCUGUCCCUCUCUUGAAUUAUAGUCGUGACAAUAUGUAUAACUACGUGCGCUUACGUAAUUAUGGGAAUGUUAAUAACACCUUUUUGAAUUCCAUUAGAUUUUGCCUCUUCAAGGCCCGUGCACACCAAGUGCGUAUGCACCACGUACGCAGCACGAUUGUAUUGAACUUGAUUGGGUGAGCAUGGCCUUAAACUUUACAUCUAUUACAACUAUUCCCCAUAAUUAUGCUGAAGCGUGUUAUGUUAUGGUAAUUAAAGAAGACGAAAAUAUUUAAUACUAAUUUUGCAAACGAAAUACAACAAUUCAAUGUUAUACGUGAGCAUUAUAUUUGUACAAUAUGUAUCAGUAGUAUAUGCGAAUUAUUUUCAAACAGCUUUAUACCCUACAGGAAAUAAGAGUAGCGUUCAUGACGUAACAUUUUGUAUUAUAUAUGUAUUGUAUGUGUUUCAUACUCUAUUAUGACAAUAAUCAUAAUCGUUAGAGGUUCCGCACGACCCGACUCCUUUGAUACUUGAAUUAUUGCGUGAUUGUCAAUUUAUAUCAAAUCAUGAGUGAGAGAGAGUAUAAAAUAUCCCUUGUAUUAAACAUAAUGUGAAUAGCUUCUAAAAAGAACCAAAGCAAUGUAAUUUCAAACUUUAAAAAAAAAACUAAACCAAACAAUUUUCAGAUGGAUGUUAUAUUAGUUUGAGCUGAAGUAAUGGAAUGUGUUGUAAAAAUAUGGAAAAUGAUAAGAUACAUUACUUUGUAUUGUUUAUACCAGCUACACCAUCUCAUUUGUUAUGACUGGAUAUAUAUUUGAUCUCAUUUUUAUGUAUUAUUUAAAAUUGUGUACAUAACACUAUACACAGCAAAAGUGAGUGUGUUGUUGUAAGGAUAAUUUGUUUAGUAACAUUUAAUUCUCAAUGUAAGUUUUAACUUUUGUUUAGUGUUUCGGAAAAAUCUUGGACCAAUUUUCUCAGAUGGCCGGAAUAUUAUCGAUAGUCGUCAUGAUCGAUUGCUUGGCAGACCUUUUUUUUAUUGUAAAGAGCUUUAACUCGUGGAAUUUGAGAAAGUAAGAAAAUAGACUGAAAUUUUGAAACUUUAUUCGUACUUUGAUACAGGUAUAUUGACAGUGCGUAAAUGUACUAUACCAAGUGCCUGUUUGGAAGACCUAAAUUACUUAAUCGUUUCGUGAAUAAAAAAUGUUUUCACCCAUUUAGAAUUGUAAUUACAGUUUGUAUUAGCCGUAUAAGGAAAUAAAAUUGUAGAGGCCAAUGUCAUAGUAUCUGUAUCAGGUAUCGCGGAGGCGUGUAUUGCGGUAUUCAUUCGUUAAGGAAGACGGACCAUGCCAGUUAGAUCUCUCAUUUUGGCCAAAAUGCAUUUUCAACAUCGAGACUGAUAAUGUAGAAUGUUGACAACUUACAUAAAAUAAUUAGAUCUGCUUUUGGACGUACGCAAUUAUUUUUUAAUAUUUUAUAAAUGACGGUAACGGCAAAUAUAUAUUUUCCACGGCUCACCUUUGGAUAAUAGAAUAUUUUGAAUCUAUCAUUGCUCAAACAAAAAUUUAUUAUGAGCCACUUAUGGUACAUGCCGAAUUUGAAAUGUAUUGUGAUUUUAUAUUUCCAGUUGCUUAUGUAUAUAAGUAUAUUUUGAUUUUUCAGUAAAAUUCAGAAAAUUAAUGUGUUAUGUAAGUGAAUCGUUUGAAUAUGGGUGUUGACCACGGAGCACUUUAUAUUCAUACUCCGUUAAGUAGAAGAGUAAGUAAGAAGUAAGUACUCUGUGGUGUUGAUUGUGACUUUGACAACUUUAGGUACUGGUUUCGCUUAGGCGCCCUGUGGUAUUUAUGUUGAACAGACAAGAUGCACAAAGUGAACGGUAUCCAUGAGUUGAGAAGUGUUAUUGAAGGUGCUGCAUAGUGUAGGUGUGUACAGUGACUGACUUGUGACCCCGUGGCCACCUGAACACUGUCUACUGUAUCGGACUGGAUUCAGCUAACCAAAGUCCAGUGCUAAUAAGCGAGAAUUUCUUUUUAAUUAUGUUUUGAUAACUUGUUUCAUUAUCGCACAUUUUAUAUUAAUUUAUUAGUGGUAAAAGUUGAAACAUGGAAGAAAAACCGAGCCAGUAUUUAAAAUCUGAAUGUUUAAUAGAUCGUUCUGAAAUAAGUGCAAUAUGUAGCUGUAGUAUCGGAACAUACUAAACCCCAAAAUAAUUAAAUCACGUUUGAUGUUAUAUUUAUAUAAUGUUUUAAAAUAUCCUCCAUUAUUUCAUUGAAUGUGUUCAGUUGCGCGUUUUUCAUUAUGAACACAUAUGUAAUAGUGUAAGCUUCAUGCUUUAUAUGCCUUGCUUCCUAUCAGCUUCCAUGUCGCUUUUAGAACCCCACGGUUCAAUACAAUCAAUAUUUGCAUUACUAACAAUAUACAAUACUUAUGUCACAGGUCCAGGUUGUAAUUUAGUAUUUAUGUAAGUAUCUCCCAAUAAAAUGUUACCUAAUUUAAGGAUUAGUAAUUUUUAGGAAACUGAACCAUAAAAUUAUUAGCUGUUAAUAAAUGUGUGCUAUAUGGUCCCCUUUUAAAGGUACCAUGCGGGGAGCCUUAAAUAUGUUAGAACUCUCGUCACUUGAAUGCUAACCCUUAACUUGAGACAUCUUUAUUUUGGGUGUCCCAAAUCUUUUAAAAAGUACAUAAGAUAUUUUUAUAUGUUGGGUAGGAGACAGGCAAGAUGUAAAAAGUAACAUGGCUAGGAUCUAGAUUUAAUGAUUCUUUUAUAGACAGUUAAUAUUAUUUUAAAGUUUGCUUUUAGAUGAUUGAUAAGUUUGUAAUUUUUAUUACUAUGAUAUUAGAUUAAAUACUAACAUUUAAACUAAACCAAAAGUGCCCAUUGAUAUAAGUUUAUAAUUCUGGCAAGCCUUUUGUUCGGCAUUUUGUUAAAGAAUAAUGUUUAGGCAACAAAAUUAGGAAUUAAGGAAAUUAUCAAAGGGUUGUUGAGUUUUAGUUAUCUAAAAUUGUUGAGGUUUAUUGAUAAAAAAAUUCUUUUAGUUUUUUUACCUGUGAUGCAUGACAAAAGGCUUGUUUAGUUAGAGGCAUUAAAUAACAUCAAUAUUAAUAGUAUCUACUUUUUAAGUAAUGAUAAGAAUGGUUUUAUUAUAGUUUUGUUUCAGAGAAGAAAUUCUAAUUACUAUUUUUGUUUCCAAUAUUUUAUCACUUUUACCUGUUUUCACUGUAAUGUAUCUUGCUGUAUUGCAGACAUAUCCAAUAUACAGACUGAUUUAAA